AUGUGUGCCCGCGGUGUACGCCAUCCGGCGUUCGUCGCGAGCGGCGAUAAUUUAGCCGCGCCGCCUCCCCGCUGUCGCCCCGACCCUGCGUCGCGUCGCGCCGCCGCCGAUGCCUGUCGCUGGGGGAAAGCGAGCGUGCAUGAGCUUCUAGAAAGUUCGAACAAUGCGUUAAUCGUCGGGACAGGCAGUGAGGCAGACAGUGACCUGCAAGCGCCGCCGCGCCGGUUGUACCGUCACGCGGGUGACGCGUGCGCGGGCGCAGCCGCGAGGCCAAAUGAUUUGCCUAUGCUUAAUAAAGUCAGUAAAAAAACAGUCUACCUUCUGAAUCUGUUUUGCCGACGCAAAAGCGGCUAUGCGACGCGGGCGCAGCUACGACGCACGCGCUGCAAUACGAUGCGACCGCGGCCGCCAUUAUCUCAGACAUAUUUGAUCGAUGCCACCGAUAAUAUUCAACAGCUCAAUAACGUACUCAGUCUAUUAUGCUGCCUGGAAAUUCGGAGUGUCGGGUACUCGGGUUGGUUUCUGGACCUUGUACCUAGUUCCAAAGACAAAGCGUUCACGAAUUUGGUCCCAGUAGGUGCGGGCAAGGCUUGCGACGUAGAUUCGGCGGCAAUUAUUGUCCGUCAGCGUGCGGGGGUGUGGUGCGGUGGGGUGGAGGGGGUCGUGCCGGCCCCGGGGGCUAAGAUGGCCACCGUAAUUAAUUGGCGCGACGCGGGGGCCAACCGCGACGCGUCUCGUUCGCAGCGCGGCAUUGCGCCCGCGUGUACUGUGAAUAUGGUUUGCGAAAUUGUCGGAUGUUUUUAG